UAUGAAUUCCAAAUAUAAUAAUUGAGUGAUUCUGGUUUGAAAAAAGAUAAUAAAUAUGAUAACUUACGAAAUAUUAAUGUUAUUUAGAGUUAUGCCCAAGACAGAGUUAAAAACAGUAAUAAAAAGGACAGCAGGAGCUAUCUUGGAAAAAGGUGGGAUAAUUAGAAAAUUGGAAAAUUUAGGAACUAGGGACAUGCCAUACAAAACCAGUGUACAUGGAAUUAACUAUAAACAGGCAAGUUACUUUUUAUAUGAGUGCAAUAUUCCUCCUAGUACAAUAGAAUCUCUAUUAGAUGAAUAUGGUAGAGAUGUAGAUGUAAUCAGACGACAGCUGUACAGAAAAAAUCAGCCUACAUCUAAUGAAUGUACUUUAGAUGAAGAAUUGUUACCUCCACCUUAUAGAAAGGAUGUGCAAGACCUUAUUGAGCAAGCAAGAAAACAUGAUAAACCAAAGUUCAAAUAUAAUACAGGAUUAGAUUACUAUCCUUUCCAAAAGUAGUUAUUUUAUUUAUAAGUAAAGAAUUAAAGUAGUCAUUAAUA